GUGGUUUCCAGGAGGGCUCAGCACCAAGGAACACAGAGAGGUUGGGGUGGCUCAGUAAUACCCACCCUCAGCCCAUGGGAUUCUCUUUCUCUUGCUGGCCGCAUAGUCUGGGCUGAUAUCUCCGCUGUAGGCUAUGGUGUCCUGGCCUCACUUCUGAGCUGGCCUGGCCAUGCAGAGCUCUGAGGGGAAUUCUGUGUGCGUUUUCCAGGGCAUCUGAUGUCAUGCCCCUGUGGUCAUUCCUUAUCUUGCCUGGAGGUGGCCAGAGAGUCAAAUAGCAACUGAAGGAUUGUCCUGGGACCUCAGGUCCUCUCUCUGUUGGCACCUGGCUCAGGAGUAGUGUGGGUAUUUAAGGACUCCAGGAAAGUGCUGUCCUUAAAUGUUUUGUGGCAGAGUCUAGAUGUUAGGUGUAGUUCUAGCUUCCCUUCUGGAGGGCACUUUUGAAUGCAAUGGAGUGACCCUGCCACCCCACUCUACAGGUGACACGACGCGGCAGGCACAUGUACAGGGACCUGCCGUUGCUUCUCAGUGGUGGUUUGCAGGAGAAACUUCACCCGUGGCGUGUGCACAUGGAGUGUUGCGCGAUCCAGCAGAUGCUCUGGGAUCUGCCCGAGCUUCAGCAGCAGCCUUCAAUUAUGCUAAAGGACUGGAGAGUAACAUGGCACACAGCACCCAAGAGCCCAGGCGAGACCUGAGUGGGGCUGGGCUAUGGAAUCUCUGGCUUCAGGACCCUUCUCAGAAUGGACCCUCCAGGCCAGUCUCCCCCACCCCUGGUUGCCAAACUGGGUGCAGGAGUCCACAGCCAGGUCAGCUACUUCCCGGGGAGAAGGCCAGGACUGCAGACCCCGCCCAAGCCUGGGGUCAGCCUUCCUGGGAGCAGCACCAUUUGCUGCUUGGGAUCAGCCAGGCCAACUGGCCAACUCCCCGCAGAUUGGAGGGCUGUGAGGUGAGCACCAGUGAACCCCUGGAGGUGCCAGAAAAUGCCAGUGUGGGCACCAGGGGGCUUCCUUGGGUUGGCACAUCAAGGGAAGCCCACUGGGUCUGCUCAGCGCCCAUGAUGGAAGCUCAAGUCCCAGGAGCUGCACCCCAGUGAGGGUCGUUGGCUGGCCGAGGUGGGGGGGUCCCUGAGGUCAGGAGUUUGAGACCAGCCUGGCUAACAUAG